CUACUACCCUCCCGCCCUGCUGCUGCCGCCUUCCCGCCCUACCGCUAAGUACUACACGUGCGUGUUAGGUACCUAUCCUGUCAGCUCAGCUGUAUCCCGAUUCCUGGUUGCAUCCCCUCCUCUCCUAAUCUUAUACUCCAACAAGGGGAAUGACUCGGAGACUCCCACCGCCCUCCACGCCCGCCCAACUUCUACGUCUUCGACUGACGAGAUCCGCGCUUUCCACCACUUCACCCCUUGCUACGUGUCCUUCGAGUCGAACUGCUAGCACCAAAGCUAGGGCAGCGGCGAUCACUCCGAGUCCCCGGAUCCAAUCCCUCCUCCUCCCCCCUUCCACCGCUACCACUCCUACGGCUACUACCACCACCGCCUUCUUCAGUCGCAACAACCUCUCGACUACUACCACCGUCAACAAGCGAGAUCAAACAACAACAACCACCACCCUUGCGCCUAGUACACCCGUUGUCCUUCGCGCUUCUGUAACCGGUCUCGGUCUCCUCUUUGUCCUCGGUCUAGGUCUCGGCUACGGUAUCACCGAUUUCCUCGGUCAAAAGUCUACCGAGCAGCAAGAACUCGGUUAUACCACCAUCGAAAAGAACAUCCAAGACAUUCUCGACGACCAGUCCUCCACCACAAACAUGUCUGGAGAAAUCGCCCCCGGCCGCCCCGGCAACCUCACCCCCGAGCAAGAGGAAAAGCUCAAGCAGCUAUGGAAGCUGAUCUUCCAAGUCUGCGGCGUCUACUCCCCCUCCGAGUCCAGUACUCCCGCCCCCGAGGCCGCUGCCGCUGCUGCGACCACCACCUCCGACGCCGCGAGCAUCAAGGGCGAUGACAAAAAGAAGAAGAGCAAGCUUUCCAUGUUCUCGCGUAAACACAAGAAGGACUCGGACGAAACAACCACCACCUCCGACAGCGCCUCCACGGCCUCCGGUUCCACCACGCCCGCCUCCCCCGCCAUCGUGCUCAACGCCUCCACCACCUCGGGCGACGACGACAAGUACAACCAGCUGUCCAAGUUCCACGAGACGCUAGCCUCUCAAUCCCCCGCCGCCAUCCGCGAGACCAUCUGGUCCAUGGUCAAGCACGACCACCCGGACGCGCUGGUGCUGCGCUUCCUGCGCGCGCGCAAGUGGGACGUGGAGAAGGCGCUCGUCAUGCUGAUUUCGACCAUGAACUGGCGGGACAACGAGAUGAAGGUGGACACGGACAUUAUGCGGAGCGGCGAGGGCGGGGCGGUGGAGGCGGAGAAGAUGGAGGCCAAGACGUCGGAAGAAGUUGCCAGGAAGAAGCUGGCGAUCGAUUUCUUGACGCAGACGCGCAUGGGCAAGAGUUAUGUCCAUGGUGUGGAUAAGCAGGGACGGCCGAUUUGCUAUGUUAGGGUGAGGCUGCAUAGGCAGGGCGAGCAGAGCGAGGAGAGUCUGGAGAGGUAUACGGUUUAUUUGAUUGAGACUUGUCGGGUGUUGUUGCAGGGGGGUGUUGAUACUGCGACUAUCGUCUUCGACAUGACCGGCUUCUCCAUGGCCAACAUGGACUACACCCCCGUCAAGUUUAUGGUCAAGUGCUUCGAGGCCAACUACCCCGAGUGUUUGGGCGCCGUGUUGGUGCACAAGGCACCGUGGAUCUUCCAGGGCAUCUGGCGCGUAAUCCGCGGCUGGCUCGACCCCGUCGUCGCCAACAAGGUACACUUCACCAACAACAUCGCGGAAAUGUCCGAGUUCAUCUCCCCCGAGAAGAUCCCCAAGGACCUCGACGGCCAGGAAAGCUGGGAGUACAAGUACGUCGAGCCGAUCCCCGGCGAGAACGACAAGAUGAAGGAUGCGGAAACCCUCGACAAGCUGCAGGCCGCGCGCGCCGAGCUGGUCAGGGAGUACGAGGAGGCUACGCUGCAGUGGAUACAGUCCGGUAACAACAGCGAGGAACUGAAGAAGAAGAGGGACGAGGUUGCGGAAAAGCUGAGGGUGGAUUACUGGAAUCUGGAUCCGUACGUGAGGGCUAGGAGCUUUUAUGAUCGCGUGGGGGUGCUGUUGCCGGGCGGCAAGCUGGAUCCGUAUCUUGAGGGGAAGAAAGAUGGCGGCGUGAGUGGGAUAACGGAGGGUGUGGCGAAGGUGGGGGUGAGUGAGACGCAAGCUGAUGAUGUUGAUUGAGUUGGUUGUGAGGAUGGUGUAUGAUGGGCUUUUUUCUCUUUUGGAAACUUGUAUAUGUUUCAUGGAUAUAUAAGAUUAAGUGUUUAUAAUGGACGAUGAGAUGUGGUUGGGUCAGGGUAUGGUAUGAUAUAUACGAUAGAGCUAUACGGACGAGAAAAGCAACGCGGAACUUGGGACGUAUGUUCUCUAACGACACAAUCUCAAGCUUUAACCUGUUCAUCUUUCCCUGAAGUCGAGUCACAUACA